AAUUGUUCUUGUUCUUGACAUCUUGACGUAUGUGACGUGGAGUUGGGGAUGUGGAACGUUAAAAUUCAUUUUUAUAAAAUUAAUAAAUUAAAUACAUAUUAGUUCUACUGCAAAUAAAAAGAUAUAAUGGCCACAUAUGAAGAAUAUAUUCAACAGAAUGAAGACAGGGAUGGUAUUAGAUUUACAUGGAAUGUAUGGCCAUCAAGUCGAAUUGAAGCAACUCGUUUAGUUGUUCCUCUAGGUUGUCUUUAUCAACCGAUAAAAGAAAGACCAGACUUGCCUCCCAUUCAAUAUGACCCUGUGUUAUGUACCAGAAAUAAUUGUAGAGCAAUAUUAAACCCUUUAUGCCAGGUUGACUAUCGAGCCAAGCUAUGGGUGUGCAAUUUCUGUUUUCAACGAAACCCUUUCCCACCACAAUAUGCUGCAAUUUCUGAACAACAUCAACCAGCUGAACUAAUGCCCAUGUUUUCGACAAUAGAAUACACUAUUAUGAGAGCACAAUGUUUGCCCCCUAUUUACUUAUAUGUUGUGGACACCUGUAUGGAUGAAGAAGAGUUGGGGGCAUUAAAAGAUUCAUUACAAAUGUCUCUUAGUUUGUUACCACCGAAUGCCCUUAUUGGACUGAUUACUUUUGGAAAAAUGGUGCAGGUGCAUGAACUAGGUACUGAAGGUUGUAGUAAGUCAUAUGUAUUUCGUGGUACAAAAGACCUUACUGCUAAGCAAAUCCAAGAAAUGCUAGGAAUUGGUAAGGUCCCUGUGAAUCCCCAACAAAUUGCACAACAACCAGGACAGCCUUUAAGGCCUGGGCAACCACACCAACAAACUCCAGCUCCACCUGCUAGCCGGUUUCUCCAACCCGUCUCGAACUGUGACAUGAGCCUUACAGAUCUAAUAGGGGAACUUCAGAGGGACCCUUGGCCUGUGCCCCAAGGAAAACGUCCUCUAAGAUCAACGGGUGCAGCUUUGUCUAUAGCUAUUGGACUUUUGGAAUGCACUUACCCAAAUACUGGUGCUCGUGUCAUGUUGUUUGUUGGUGGUCCCUGCUCGCAAGGGCCAGGUCAAGUACUUAAUGAUGACCUGAAGCAACCUAUUAGAUCUCACCACGACAUUCAAAAGGACAAUGCGAAAUACAUGAAGAAAGGUAUAAAGCACUAUGAUCAUUUAGCUAUGAGAGCUGCCACCAACGGACACUGUGUGGAUAUAUACUCUUGUGCACUUGAUCAAACGGGGCUAAUGGAAAUGAAACAGUGCUGCAAUUCUACAGGUGGCCACAUGGUAAUGGGUGACUCCUUUAAUUCGUCCCUCUUUAAACAGACGUUCCAGAGGGUAUUUUCAAAAGACCAGAAAAAUGAUCUAAAAAUGGCCUUUAAUGGUACUCUAGAAGUGAAAUGUUCUAGAGAACUAAAGGUUCAGGGAGGUAUUGGUUCUUGUGUAUCACUAAAUGUUAAGAGUCCCCUGGUGUCAGAUACAGAAAUUGGAAUGGGAAAUACAGUACAAUGGAAAAUGUGUACUUUGUCACCCAGUUCGACAAUAGCCUUGUUCUUUGAAGUUGUUAAUCAACAUUCUGCUCCAAUACCUCAAGGAGGAAGAGGUUGCAUACAGUUUAUUACACAAUAUCAGCAUGCAAGUGGGCAACGAAGAAUAAGGGUGACGACAGUGGCAAGAAAUUGGGCGGAUGCCACUGCCAAUAUUCAUCACAUUAGCGCUGGUUUUGAUCAAGAAGCUGCGGCUGUAAUAAUGGCGAGGAUGGCAGUAUAUCGUGCUGAGUCAGAUGACAGUCCAGAUGUUCUUCGCUGGGUCGAUAGAAUGUUAAUUCGCUUGUGCCAGAAGUUUGGGGAGUACAACAAGGAUGAUCCCAACUCCUUCAGAUUAAGUGAGAAUUUCAGUUUAUACCCUCAAUUUAUGUAUCACUUAAGAAGAUCGCAAUUCUUACAAGUUUUCAAUAACUCCCCAGAUGAAACAUCGUUUUAUAGGCAUAUGUUGAUGAGGGAAGAUCUAACACAGUCUCUUAUUAUGAUUCAACCAAUCUUGUACAGUUAUAGUUUUAAUGGUCCGCCUGAACCCGUACUUUUAGAUACGAGUUCUAUACAACCUGAUAGAAUCUUGUUAAUGGACACGUUUUUCCAAAUCUUGAUCUUCCAUGGGGAGACAAUAGCGCAAUGGCGUAACUUGAAAUAUCAGGACAUGCCAGAAUAUGAAAACUUCAGGCAGCUAUUACAAGCCCCUGUAGAUGAUGCUCAAGAAAUUCUGCAGACCAGGUUUCCUAUGCCUCGAUAUAUCGAUACAGAACAAGGAGGAUCACAAGCUAGAUUUUUGCUUUCAAAAGUGAAUCCAAGUCAGACCCACAAUAAUAUGUACUCUUAUGGAGGGGCCAUCAUGGGCGGCACGAAUGUGGAUGGUGGUGCUCCUGUGCUUACUGAUGAUGUAUCGCUUCAAGUAUUUAUGGAUCAUUUGAAGAAAUUAGCCGUAUCUUCCACUGCAUAAGUAAAAUAGUUAUAUUUUAAAUUGUUUUAUAUUUUAUCAUAAGAUACAAUAACAUAAUAAUAAAAUAUGUAAUUAUGUAGCUUUUAGAUGUUAUUUAUGAACUAUAGUUUUACAAAUAAAAAAGGUUUUGCUUA